AGUAUGGAAAACUAAAGUCGGCGAGGACAGCCACCUGCGAGGGCUGUUUGUUCCUGUGCAGGAUGACGGACACGUAUAGGGAUUCAGGCAGAGCAGGACUGCAAAAUGAGGAGGAGUUUGUGGAUAUAUUGGAGGAGAGGAGGCAAAGCAGUGAUCUUGGCCAUGCCUUCAGGACCUUUAGCCCCAACCCUUACAAAGGAGCCCCAUCCUUCUCCACAGCUGACCUAGACAAAGCCGUGCUGGAGUCCCAGUAUCUACGCUACAUGGCCAAGGAGAUUUCUGUGGAGACAGGAUCAUCAGUGGAGGAGGUGAGAGAGGAGGCUCUUGAAAUUAUUGAGGAAAUGUCUCAAAACCUGCAGCUGGGGUUCGUCAGGCUGGUGGGCUACACAAUGACCAAGGUGUUCAAGAGAGUCUUCACCAGCAUCUAUGUCAACAUGGAAGGACUAAACAUGCUCCAACAAGCCAUUCAGGAGAGUCCUGUGAUCCUAAUGCCCAAUCACCGGAGUUAUGUGGACUUCAUCAUCAUCUCCUACCUCCUGUUCACCUACGACAUCCCACUACCUGUUAUUGCUUCAGGAAUUGCUCUUGCACGGAUGAAGAUGGUCGGAGAGAUAAUGCGUCGCUGUGGAGCUUUCUUUAUCCGACGUGCCAUUGGCUCUGACAAACUGUACUGGGCCGUGCUGUCAGAAUAUGUCAGAACCAUUGUCAAGAAAGGAAUUGCUCCUAUGGAGUUUUAUGUGGAGGGCCUGCGGAGUCGCACACUGAAGUCACUGCCACCCAAGUUAGGUAUGAUGCACAUGGUGCUGGAGCCCUAUUUUAAAGGCGAGGUGUAUGACAUCACAUUGGUCCCCAUCACUAUCAGCUACGACCGAGUGCUGGAGGAGUCGCUGCUCGCCCACGAGUUACUGGGUAUCCCAAAACCCAAAGAAAGCACCAUAGGUCUGCUGAAGGCUAGCAAAGUGCUCAAAGAAGAUUACGGCAGCAUGCAUGUGAACUUUGGCCGCCCCAUGUCAGUCCGACAUUUGUGUCAGGGCAAGAUAAACCGCUGCCAGUACAACCUCAUUCCCAGAGAUCUCCCCCAGAAGCCCAGUGCAGAGACUCAGGCCUGUGUUAGUUGGCUGGCUCAUCUGAUGGUGCGAGUCCAAGAAGAGGGCUCUCUGAUCAGCCCCUGGUCUCUGAUGGCGAGCCUGUUGCUCCAGGCUCCUACCACAGUCUUAACAGAAGAGGGCCUGCUGUGGCAUCAGCUUACAGAAAAAACCCUCUGGCUCAGGAAGCUGGUGCUGGACUUUGGGGCUCGCUUGAACUGGCCUGGAAAAGUCCCCGACCUAGAUGUGAUGUCAUCCACCGUGGCCCUUCAUCACUCUGUAGUUCACCGUAAAUCAGGGCGUGUCUACCUGGUUCAGGAGGAAGAGCGCAAGAGGAGAUGUCCAAUCAGCCCAGAGGAGGACAUGAUCAGGACAGCGGCGCCGGUGCUGAUGCUGGCGUCCUACAGGAAUCAGUCUCUGCACCUUUUCUUGCGUCCCGCCAUGCUCGCAACAUCCAUGCUUAUAACAAAGACUGCACAGAGAGAUGAGCUCUUUGACUUCUUCUGCUUCUUACGGGACGUCUUCUCCAACGAAUUCAUCUUCAUCCCUGGAAAGUCAUCUCAGGACUUUGAGGAGGCGUGCUUCCUCCUGAAGAAAUGUGGAGCAGCUCACAUGAGUGAACAGGAAGUGAAGGUGUCAGACACGGGGCUGGAGGUGUUCUCCUUCCUGCAGGCACUUCUACAACCCUUCAUAGACUCUUAUCAGGUGGUGUUCAGGUACUUCUAUGAAGACGGAGUUCACGUGUUCACUGAGAAACAGUUCCUACCUGCUGUGCGAAACCUCUCUACAAAGCUCAUCCUCUCAGGUGAGCUUCACACCUUUGAAGCGCUUUCAUCCGACAUGCAGAAGAACGUUUUGUCAGCCCUGCGGCGACUGGAGGCUGUGACAAAGUUGAGGGCGUCUGAGCAAAAUGAAUACAGAGUGAAUAAAACAGCUGUCAGAAGAAUCAGUGACAUACUUUCUGGGAAAAUCCCUCCCCAGAUGCUCCAGACUACACCUGACGCAAAACUUUAGCCUCCAUUGGAACAGAUCCAUCUCCAGUAUCAGCUCAGCCCUGUUUACCUCUACUUGACCCUUUUCUCCUUUACACUUCUUCUUCCUCAUCUUCUUCUCUCUGUGCCUUUAUGCAGUGGCUGGCUAAAUUUCUGCACUUUGAGCAUUCAGACAAAAACUCUUGGAUGCCAGACUUAACCUUGCAGCUGUCCACUCUUUUCUACCUGCCCCCUCUGAAUCCUUGUUCUCCUCCCUUACAGAUCUAACAGGGCUGAGAUAAAGUUACAAAGGCCUGAUAUGGUGACCCAAGGGUGACAGUAUUGUUGAUUCUAUUUGACGGCUAUAAUCAGUAUUAGUCGAUUAAGAAAGACGUAUAUACUGUAUAUAUAUACUGAUGCACUAGUGAUGCCUCUGGAUCAAUUUACUUAUAUAUAACUGUAUUUUAAUCAGCUGCAUUGUGGUAUUAUGUAUUAGAGUUAUAGAGUUGAUUGACAGGGCUAGCAUGUAUUAUUGAGAGAAUUACCAAUAGAGCAUUGACGGAUUAUGAGACAAUGGGUCCAUGGGCACAGACGAGCAAAAUGCCCCACCACCCCUCCUACAUAGCACCAAGACACACAGACUUUAUAGUUCUUUGGCCUUUUUUUCUUUUCUUUUUUUUGUGGCUCUUUGUAGUUGUUUUGCUGUUUUUUUUUUAGUUUAUUCCUUUUUAGUUGUUUUACCCUCGUCACGUCUCUUUGCAGCUAUUUUUUGUCUGUUUGGACUCAAAUUGAUUCUCUUUGUUGUGUCUCCUUGUAGCUAUUUUGCAUCUUUUUGUAGUUGUUUUGGAGUCUUUGGAGUCCGUUUGUGUCACUUUGUAGUCAUUUUAUGUUUCUUUGUGGUCAUUUUGAGUCUCUUCCCGGUUGGUACAUGUCACUUUGAGUGACAUUUUGCAGGUAAAGGCCACAGAGGCCCCCUGACUAUUAGGGCUCCAGUGCCUGUGCCCGGUAGGCCCAUUCAGUAAUCAGUCCAUGCAAUAGAGCACUUUAAAAUAAACUUGAUUGCUGACAUAGUAAGUGCAAUUAGAUAGGAAACACUGAAUUAUGACAGUUGAUUGUAUUUACAUUAAUGUAAUGUAGAAAUGAUAAGCACCAUAACAAUGUCAAAUACCAUAACCAAUCAAAGAUUUGUUUAAGACAUUUAUUUGAACUUUUUUAC